AUGGUGGUGAUAUCAUGGCUCGAGACCCAUGUGACUGCGCGCCAGGCGCGUCUCAACGCGUCUUCCCAGUCCAGUGGGGCAUCUAUCACUUUCACUGUUUUCUCUCCUCAGCAAGCCUCAACCUCGAAGUCAAGGCCGCAUCUAUUGUGUGCAAGUCCAGCGCCAUCGGUACCGCGAUCGCGCGUCAAACCAUUACGAACAUAUGGGAAACGAAGCAUUCGGGACGACUCACCGAAAGAGCCAAACACCAAGAAACGAAGGGUAUCAACAGAAGUAACAGCUUCUGAACCAGCAUCCAAAGGCACAGACACGGCGCCGCUGGAGAAGGUCACGGAAGAGGCGAAGAACACACUUGAAUCGACAACAACGAACAAACCCACUACCGAGCCAGUCAAGAAGGGAUCAAUCUUGAACUUCUUCAAACCUGUACCUCCAUCGUCUACAGUUACCUCCAGCCCAAAGAGUGACGAGCCUCAACCCGAAACCACACCCCCAUCCUCACCACCGCAACCACCAAAGAUAGAAUUGCGAAAGAAACCACGCCUACUACGCUUCCGCGGCACAUCAACACCAUUACUAGACGACGAGAACACAGGAGAUGAUACACAAGGCGAGGACACAGAAGCCGAAGACUCCGGCACCAAAUCCGCUCGACCAACUGCUCGGGAGAACUCUUUACAGCGUGAAUCGAGCACAAGCGAUAUAAAACCAGGAAAGAGGGGGAAAGCAAAGACACCGACAGUACAAACGACACUGAACUUAUCGUCACAAGCAGCGUUUUCGGAGUGUAAGGUGUGUAAUACUGUGUGGAAUCCGCUGUAUCCGGAUGAUGUGAAGUUUCAUACGAAGCAGCACGCGGCUGUUUUGAGGGCGAAGAAAAAAGAGAAGGAGAGUGAAUUAUAG